CCAAAAACUCUCAUUUCCGCUAAAUGAAAGGGGAAAAACCGGAAAAACAGAGGGCGAAAUUCAAUUUGCCCCUUCAACACAGAGGUGGGAAGACGGUGAAGACGGGAGCUAGGAUGUAUCUGAAAGCCCCAUUUUGGAGCAAAGAUUCCAACACUGAAUCUCAGACGGAAUCUCCCUCAGCAGUAACGGAGCUAAUCAGCUCGCUUGAAAAGCAGAGAUUAUACAGGGAGGUUACACUCGCACUCCGCUCAGGUCUCAGUGAUGCACGCGCCGAGUUCUCCUUUCUCCGUAUUCGUGGCCUACGUGUCAUCCUCAAGUUUCUCCGAUCCGUUGCUGAGUCCGAUACUACAAUCAACCUCUUCUGUCACAGCCAAUCCAUUCCCGAUCUUCAAGAGCCGAUGAUUCUCGGCUAUUCAUCGGUGUUAAUGGCGGACAAACAGAAAAAUAGGGAUUCCGGGGGAGGUCCGUAUCAGUUGGAGCAACAGAUCCAAGCUUUUAUUGACACAUCGAAUAGAAGAAUGCAGCAUAUGGAAGAAUGGAAACAACAUCUUUCCUGGACUUCCCAUAGUUCACCAUGUCAGUACGAAGUUCAAAGAUGUUACAACGAGCAGCAGAUUUCAGCCGAACAAUGUGCUUACCAUACAAAUCUUAUUCCAGCACUUUAUGGGGUUGAGUAUUGUGGUGCAGAUUUCAGUACUCAUCCAAAUACUUACGGAUUUGAGUGUAUCUCAGCAACCAUGGGUAUUUCAAGAGACUCUAAGCACCAAAAAUGUGCCACCGGUGGAAAGAGGAAUGCUUGGAGGAAGAAGCACAAAUAUGAACUUCGUCGCCAACCAGCUAACACUAAGCUAUCAAGUAACAAGAUAGUUAGACGAGUUCGCGUGGGUGGUGGCAAUGCCAAAUGGAGUGCAAUUGUUCAAAUCGGUGCUACUGCUGAGGAGAUACAACGUGGAAAUACAUUGAUGGAUGUCGAAGAUGAGAGCUCAGAAAUUAAGGAGGACCAAGUGUUUGACAAUUGUCCCCAUCCAGAGGCAAUUGCUAAUCAACUAGCUUCCAGUAGCACUGAGAAAAAGUUAGAACCAGAUGCGGAUAAAGUGUUUGAUAUAAGUCCUCAACAGAACGAAAUUGAUGUAGAUGAGCUUCAAUCAGUAAAAAGAGAUGAGGAAGAAGAAGAAACACUGCUGCGAUUGGAAUCAGGAAACCCCGAAGAGGAGAAGUUAGAAAAUAAUGAAUAUCAAGUUCUUGAUCAAAUUCUUCAGAUGUAUGGAAUCAAUAUAACGGAUAUACAUUGGGAUGACAGUGUAGGAGAUGAGCCUAUUGAACUUGAAUAUAGCGAGCGGAAAUCAGAAAUUAAGGAGUACCAGGUGUUUGAUAUAAGUUCUCUUAAGGACGACGCUGAGGUUCUAGAUGACGAGCAACUGCAAGCAGCUGGAUUCUCUCUCGUAAAUCCUAUCUCGCUCUCACUAAAUAUGGUUUCCAAUGAUAUGGUAUAAACUCAUGAAGAGGUUGGAAAUCUGGACAUUACUUUCAAAUAUGAAAUAAAAAAUGCAAAUGUGGAGCUUGUUUUGAUUCUUGAUUGCGAUAACUUUUGUGGGACUGAGGAAUUUGCCCAAACUGAAAAUUUCACCACUGUUAAAAGAGUAUAUCUACAUGGUGAUUCUGUUGCAGCAGUUUCUAAACCAACAAAUUGUACUGCUAGUGUGGAAGAGAUCAAGAAAUACCCUAUCCUUACUCACUAUCUAACUAGUGAUGUCUUUGGAUAUGCAAGUCAAGCUGUUGAGGUUUCUAGAAAUCUCAUUCUGACUGGGAAUAAUGUUCAUGUCGACACUGGUGCACCUGACCUCGUCUUUACACUCGAGGUACAAUCUCCUAGACUUUUUCUUCCCAAGGUAUUGUUAAAUUGGGCAGCAACUUAAGCUGAUGCUUCAAAGGUGGAUCAUCUUGCCUCACUAGAAAAGUAUUCUGAGAUCAUUAUUGUACCAUGUACACCUUUUUUGGCAACGGAAGUGGAAGGGUCGAAAUCUAUCAAGACAGAUUUUGUGGUAUCAGAUGUUGUUUCAGUUGCUUGUUGAGUAGCAGCUGAUGCUGGAAGUCCAUCUCUUUGUGCGACCAACAUCAAACGAGACUUCAUCCAUGUAGAGUAUGUAGUGGCAGCUACAAAUCAUCAUAACUCAAUAGUGUGGCAAAUUUCAAGAGACAAUUCUCAUUGUAAAUUUCUUAUUCGGCUAACACAUUAUUGUCAAUUACCUGCUUUUCAAGAUGUAUUUUUCGUGCCACGGGUGGCAAGGAAAUUAUACAAUUGUCACAAAGAGGUUUGAAAUGAAUUUGGAAGUGGAAAGGAUGUGCAUGUGGUAAUUCCGAACCUUGGCAGGCAGCUUGCAGUUUGGAAGUUGGAGGAAAACACUAUUACUGCUAAAGAACUUGUUAGAAUUCUCCUGACUAGUCACUCUGCUGGAAUAGUUGAAGCCAUUGUUGUGCCUCUUAUUCACUAUUUUUCUGCCAAUGUGUUUAGCUAUUUGAAGUUGGAGUACUUGCAUAUCUCACUGUUUCUACUUAGUGUUCAACAAGGGGAUCGAUUUGGUAACUUUUUCUACCUUCCUUAUAUCUAUACGAAGAGAGUUACUGGUGGCAUUGGGUUCCCUAUUUUUACAAAUGAGCGCGCUCGGAUGAUCUAUCAUGUUGAUUUUGUCUUCUCCAUUAUCCUUGUGAUUUGGUUACUCAUGUUAUUCCUUUUCCGACUGGAUAUGAGUGGUUUGGAAUUGCAUAUCAGUGCAGAUGAUGUAUUAAAUUUGUCGGAAGGAAGGGUGGAAACUGUGGUGAAGGUUAGUAAGAUGUCAUUUCUUGGUAGCAUUAUGGCUUGUAGUCAGGAUAGGAGGAUAGAACAUGUACUGCUCGAAUAGAGUGGAGUAAGAGUGAAAUUGUGACUCAAUUCCUUGAGCUUUUUCAAAAGGAUUACUUUAUUCUUUUGUAAACAAAAAAAUUAUUAUUCAGUAAAUAGAGGAUUUCCUAAUUCAAUUAUUUUAUAUAUCAAUCAGAAAAGCGAAGAGAUUGGAGCAGAUUCAUGAUCUUGGGCUAUAAAAAUUAGUUAGUUCCUUAUGAAAGUUUGUUUAGAUUAUUACUUCAUGUGCAUACAGUUAUAUUUGCUGAAAUCAAUGUGGUGUCCUCAUUUGUGUUUCGGACAGUAACUUUGAUUUUUUAUUUGAAGUAUAUCAUCAUGGGGCUUGAAAAUGUUGAUAGAGGAAAUGGAGGCACAUUUAUCUUGUAUUCCCUGUUUCAUAAUCAUGCCAAGGUUAUUUCCUUGCUCAAUGAUCAGUUUACAGAAAAGAAAUCCUCAUGCCUCAAGCAUGAUAUGACGAGCUUUGGAAGGAUAAGUCAUGAUCCUAGUCAACAUGUCAAUGCUGCUCAAAGCAGUAUUUUUCCUCUUAAAAAUAUUGCUUCAAGAAACAUACAACUAGAUGUUUUUUGGAAAAUUUAUAAGGAAAGAGAGUCCUUUAAGGAAGUGCUACAAGCUCAUGUCAUAAAUGCAAAGUUCAUAAGUCCUUGUGGAGCUCUCGUGGGAAUUCAUCUGAAGUCUUUCAGAAUCAUGAUCGAAAUAACUUCACUGGCUGCGGUUAUUGUAUGAAGGGAGCAUCAUAUUUUGAUGUUAAUCGGGACAAAGUACGACCUGCAGAUGUUGUGGUUUCUCCUGGUUUUAAAGUAGUAUUUCAGCAAGUGCAAGGGAAGACAACAUUGAAAAGUCUUGGUGAUAUGAAGAACAAAUGCUUAUCUAGACUUGAUAGGAAGAAUACUAGAGUAUUGCACUGUCUACAAACUCAAUUAGAUCGGAAAGGACAUCACUGUUGCGUUCAGUAGCUUCUCUUGGGCUUGACUGUUUGGCUAGGAUGCCAGUUCAAAUAAUGAGCAUUAUUUUUUGGCUCUGAGCAGCUUGAAGAUUGAUGCAUCAGCAAAUAAGUGAAGCAUCACUGGACUCCUUAUUAGUGGGGUGGACUCCCCUUUCAUUUUCAAAUCAUUUCCUAAUCUUGAGGGCAAGGUUGUUAUAAGGGGGGCGGAUGUAGCGAAUAGAGAUAUAGGCUAAGUUUUAUUAUUUCUAGUUUGACCCUUCUUAGUUUUUUCUGCUACAGUUUAGCCUCACUUUAUAAUCUAUUUUCAUGUGUACCCCUGUUAUGUUUGCUUUAUAUACUUUGUAAGCAGGACAUUGUAGGGCUAUCUUGAAUGAAAAUCUGAAUUUUAUCUUU